AUGGCGAGUACGUCGGCCAAUAACAAUCCAUACAACCAGCCCUUCCUGCACGACCUUUCGCGCAACCAGGAGGACCUGCUCUUAGCAGCCCUGUCAUCAAACAACCCGAACGGCAACACCGCCUCCUAUUCCAACAGCGGCCGGCCUGUCAAGCAUUCCGCAAGCAACACCCAAGCGCGGCCAUACUUUACCUCACCCCAACAAGUCACACCAGCGACCGACUUUGAUACGUUCAACAUGGACGACAGUCCGUCCAUAGACUUCCUCGAUGCCGAUGGCAGCUUCGGUUUUUACAAUGACCCGGGCGACUUGAUGAUCGGAAGUCUCCCGGGUGCAGGUCCGGGUCCAGAAGUUGACAACGACGGCGAGAUCCACGAGAAGCGGAAGAGCCCCGACGAUGAGGAUGACGAUGAUGAGAAUGAGAGCAAGCGAAGAGAGCCGGACGAUAAGCAAGCCAAAAAGCCUGGCAGAAAACCGCUGACUUCCGAGCCAACCACAAAACGGAAAGCGCAAAACCGCGCGGCUCAAAGGGCCUUCCGCGAGCGGAAGGAGAAGCAUCUGAAAGAUCUGGAAACGAAGGUUCAGGAGCUUGAGAAAAUAUCAAGUGAAGCCAACCAAGAGAACGGCGUACUACGAGCGCAAGUGGAACGUUUACAAAUGGAAUUGCGCGAAUACAGGAAACGGCUUUCCUUGAACGCCUCGAAUCUUGGACGCUCACCGCCGCUGGCCGGGAGCUUCUCGUCUCAGAUAGCAGCUGGCAACAAUAAUCUCUCCAACAGCUUCCAGUUCGAGUUUCCUCGGUUCGGUGGUCUUCCCGCUACACAUAUGUUCGGCAGCGAUUCGAUGGCAAACACCAAUGCUCCGCCACUGUCAAAGCGGUCGUCGGCUCCAACUGCUGUUCCUAGCCCCAACGGGUCAUCAUUGAGCUCUCCUAAUAAGACAAGCUCCUCGUUUAGUUCUCCUCAGAGGAAUGGCUCAUCUCACAACUCUCCCAGCACGAACAUCCUGCCGUUCGGCCUUAUCGAUGAGCCUAUGAAUAGCGCGGACGGCCUUGAUGGUCUCUUUAGUCCUUCACUGCUGAACGGCUUUGGUACCAAGUCGAUUGAGUACGGCUUCCCAAAUGCAACGGCGAACGUACCGCGAAACCGUGGCAGCACAGACAGCUCCCGUGUCUUUCAGUUCAACGGCGGCUCAACGGCUUCCAACACCGAGUCGCCAUCCGCAUCUUCCGUCUCGCAAUACGGGCAAAACCAAUCCACCGGUACGUCACCAGAGCCAAGUCACGCGUCCCUAAGGAAGUCAAGCGCCGACCGUGCAGUCACCAGCGCGGAAGAUUGCGGGUGCGACAAGUCCAAGACCGAAGGUGAGAAGGACAACGCUGUCAAGACGCCAGCUGCUGACGUCAACGGUAUCGACUGGUUCGCCAACCAGAACGGAGGUCUCUUUGAUCCUAUGCUCUUUGGCGACUACCGCGAGAGCCAGGCGGCUAUUGUUGGAGACGGUGACUUCACAGGCGGCUUAUUCGACGACACCUUCAACUACGCGGAUUUCGGCAGCCCGCUCACCUUCCCGACACCAGCGCCGCUUAAGCCGAACCCGAUUGAAGAGAUGGAAAAGCUUCAGGAUGGCAUCGAUGAAGACGUGGUGCCUGCGAAUGAUUCCUCGCAGUUGCUGUCUUGCCACAGCAUUUGGGACAAACUAUCAAAACGGCCGGACUUCAAGGACGGCUCCAUCGACAUCGACAACCUCUGCUCCGAGCUCCGCUCUAAGGCUCGCUGCUCGGAAAGUGGCGUUGUCAUCGACCAGAAGGACGUCGAUGCUGCCCUUCGUAGGCUGCCGCCGCAGCAGCAUGCUUAA